AUGGCGUUUUUGAAUCCUUCCAAUCGCCUUGUUUACUGCCUGUUGUGCUGCAAGCCCCAGACUAAAAUUGCUCAACAUCUGAAAACAUCAUGCUUGAAAGAUGCAGAUGAUCAGUUCAUUGAGGAAGAAGUCUUGAGGGCCAAACAGUCACAGAGGAAUUGGGCAAGAGAGGCAAGGACACUGAAUAUUUCAGAGGUACAGGACUGGAAUGACAGGACAUCAGAAGGAGACAAAGUCCUGAUAAAUCUCUCUGAGAAAAACAUUUUAAAACUCAGCAAAGAAGAAGAGAGCUGGUUCGACUGUUACUUCAGUCACAUUCGGCCAGGAUAUUUGAAGAACCAACCUCCAGAGGGUGACGACAGGGAUAGUUUUUUUUGGGAGCAUCAGGACUCCCACUCACCAAUCCCACACGCAGACGGGGAACGCCUACGACUCAAAUACACAAAGAGGCAGCAGGAGGGAGCUGCAACGCCAGAAGAGCUGCCAGGAGGAAUGGUGGUGAAUCCCGCCAGCUCAUCUGCUGAUGAAGGGGUACUGCAGGUGCAGGAAAGUACAUUGCAGCCUGCUGCAUCAGCACAGGUCCCGUUUCCAAGGUUUUGGGGUGCUUUUGAGGACCUCUUCCCUGUGACGCUGCAUGGAACCCCCCCGACAAAGCAGCAGGCAGCAGAGGCAGGCUUUGAGCACUACCGCAGCUGCUAUUUUCACUGGAGAAGGGUCCAGUACAAACAACGUGUGCGGUACAUCCUCAACCACUCCACUGAGAGGACUGGCAUCAAACCCCCAGCGGUUCAUAUCCAGCGCAUAAUUAAUAAAGAGACCACCUGGACCACCAAUGUGCCAACCGCUGAUGACGUUCUGCUGGCAUGGGCACCCCCCAUCCAACCGCCUUCUGCUCGAGCACAGAUCGGAAACGAUGCAUCCAUCAUUACUUGUGUGCUCGAGCAGAAGUGGAAAGGGCUGUCCAUUAAACACAUUGAGGGAAAGGGUAAAGGAGUCAUCACCACAAUGGACUUCAGGAGGAAUCAGAUCGUGUGCGACUACCACGGUGAAGUAGUCUCCAAGCAGGAGGGCGAGAGGAGAGUGGACAAUCUCACAGAGGAGCCGUCAUAUCUGUUCUUCUUCAAGGGCAAGGGAGGCGAGGCCCUGUGCAUCGAUGCCCAAAAAUUCCCUUGUGACUGCCACCCAGACAAAGACACGUUUGGGAGGAGAAUGAACCAUUCCCGGAAGCACUGUAAUGUGCAGCCCCACAGGGCCACCUUAAACUUCCCCAGUGGAGCCAGGGAAUGUGUCCUGUUCCAUGCCCUACGAGACAUUGGGGUGAAUGAGGAGCUCUUGUGGGACUAUGGUGUCCGGCGAACAUCAUUCGGAGGGGAAGGGAGGGACCUCACUUGGCUUGAUGACUGA